AUGACAAAUACAGAAGACUUAUCUAGUAAUAAUACACACCAUGAGGAAGACCAAUCACACCAGCAUUCACAUCCUCAAUCUCAACCAUCACAACCAUCAGAACCAUCACAAUCACAAGAGUCAUCACCUAAACUUUCACCACAGCAUUAUAAACCGUCAUUAGAACAAAUAAAUGGUCAUCAUCAACCAAGACCAAUACUACCAUUAAAAAGAUCAAAAUUAAUAUCUCAACAAUCACAAACAAAUAUUAAUUCUCCAUUACAAACAAGACAAGCAUCACCAUUAAUUUUAAAUCCACCAAUAGAUUCAGAUGGAUUAUCUUGGCCUUCAAGAGGUGCAAGAUCAAGAAUUGAUCAAACUCCUGAAGAAGCUUUGCAAAGAGAACAAAGAAUAGCAGAAGCAGUUAAAACUAUUUUGGUUGAAUUGGGUGAAGAUAUUGAUCGAGAAGGAAUUUAUGAAACUCCUGAACGUUAUGCAAGAGCUAUGUUAUUUUUCACAAAGGGAUAUGAGGAUAAUAUAAGAGAUGUGAUCAAGAAAGCAGUAUUUGAAGAAGAUCACGAUGAAAUGGUUAUAGUUCGAGAUAUAGAAAUUUAUUCAUUAUGCGAGCAUCAUCUUGUACCAUUUUUUGGAAAGGCUCACAUUGGUUAUAUUCCCAAUAAACGAGUAUUGGGAUUAAGUAAGUUAGCAAGAUUGGCAGAAAUGUAUUCAAGAAGAUUUCAAGUUCAAGAAAGAUUAACAAAACAAAUUGCAAUGGCUUUAAGUGAAAUUUUAAAACCAAGAGGUGUUGCUGUUGUUAUUGAAGCUACUCAUAUGUGUAUGGUUAGUAGAGGUGUUCAAAAAACUGGUUCUUCAACUACUACUAGUUGUAUGUUGGGAUGUUUUAGAGAUCAACAAAAGACAAGAGAAGAAUUUUUAACUCUUUUAGGGAGAAAGUAG